AAACGUCCAUAACCUAUACUUGUCAUGCCUAAACAGUUGUAUUGAAUGUGGUGUGUGCAUUAAAAUUUGAUUUUAAGUGUUUAACAUUUAAAAUAAUUAUGACUGAGACAGAAGAAUACUUUCCGCGAGGAGGAAAGAAGCCUACAACAACAUAUUUCAAACAGAGCGCAAACUUUUUAGGGGCACCUGAGAAGGGAGAAAAGAAGAAAAAGAGGCCUAAGAAGAAAGCAGAAGGAGACGAUGGCUAUUUAUCAGACGAGGGCACGAAAGAGAUCGAUCAAUCGUUUAGAAAUUGCGCAAAUGGUUUAAGCUAUAAGACAGUAAAAGAAGGUUUAUUAGUGCUUGGCAGAGUGAAGACUAUUCUGGAAACUAAAGUAGUAGUCAGUUUGCCAUGCAGACUGAUAGGUUCCAUUAUGGCAUGCCAUAUUAGUGAACCAUACAACAAAUUGCUUGAAGCAUAUGUUAACGAUAAGACAGACAAAGUCCUAGAACUGGGCCAGUUGUUCCGGCCCGGCCAGUACAUUGCGGUCAAGGUGCUGGAGGUGAAGGAUGUCAGCCUCAUGCUGUCCACCAUGCCGCAGCAUGUCAAUGGACAGACCACACUUAAAGAUCUGCAGAAAGGGAACCUAAUACAGGCGGCGGUGUCGUCAGUGGAGGAUCACGGCUAUGUGAUGGACAUCGGAGUACCCAACACCACCGCUUUCCUACCCAAAGCCAAUACCGACCCAGAGAUAGAGCUAGACGAAGGCAUGAUAUGCUGGUGCAGCAUCAAGUCGGCCCCUGGUCCCGGCGGUGGCGUGGUCACGUUGUCCAACGAGCUGGUGGCCUUGCAGAACUCCUGGCUGAGGAAUAAGACCACUGGACCUAUGUUGCCAGGGUCUAACUUGGAAUUCCUUAUCGAUACGCCUUUGGACAAUGGCAUCGAGGGCCACGUGUUCAAGGACCUGACGGCCUACGUGCAGCGUCAACACGCUGACACCGUCAAGGGAAAGAAACCGACGCUGGGCCAGAAGGUCCGUGCUCGCCUCCUGUACGUGAUGCCGACUCGCAACACUCCGUUCCUGACGAUGAGGAACAUCUUCGCGAGCAGUGUCCCCGACCUGGCCGCCGAGCAGCAGCUGCAGGAUGGACAGGUCAUUGAGGACGCAAAGGUACUGAAGAUAACUGGCCGCUCCAUACAUUUUCGGCUGGGUGGUGGGUGUUACGGCACUAUGAGCCUGAAACGCAUCCAGGUGGACGAAGACCUAGCUGACGAGGAAGUGGUCGCGAAGUCAUACCCCAUAGGCAGCACGCACAAGGUCCGAGUGAUGUGCUACAACCUGUCUGACUACGUGUACUCGGUGACCGACCAGCCGGACGUGAUCGCGGAGAAGUACUUCAGCUUGGAACAGCUGCACGCCGGCGACCUGGUCGACGCCACCGUCAAGACUGUCGCCGAUAACCACGUGCUACUCAACGUUGGCAGGGUCACAGGCUACGUAUCGCAAGCACAUCUAUCAGACUCCGGCAUUCUCACAGACACUAAAAAGCCUUCGACUUCAAAGUUACCAAAGAAAAAGUACAAGGUGGGUCAGACAGUGAAGGCUCGCGUGCUGGUGGUAGACCCUUCAAAACAGACCCUGUUCCUCACUCUGAAGCCUUCCCUCCUCUCUCCGGACCUUGAAAUACUGGACAGAUACGAUACCGCCGCCAUUGGGAAAGCUUAUACCGGAGUUAUCAAGACCAUUCGGGAGUACAUACUGGUUCAGUUCUUCAACAACGUGGUCGGGUACGUGCCCUCGCAGUUUAUAUCCAAGGAACCGCUUGAAAACGUCGCGCAGGCCUUCCACAUCGGUCAAAUUGUAAAAUGUACGAUACUGCGAGUAAAUCCUGAGGAAAACAAGAUGUCCGCCAGUUUCGUAACCCCACCGUUCACACAGAUCAAAGACAGAACAAACAAGCGCAAACAACCACAGAACGACGAAGUCCCUAACAAGAAGAAUAAAAACAAUGAUGAGCCUGUUAAAGAUAAAAAGAAAAAACCAAAGGAAGUAACUACAGAAGAAUCGGAAACAGAAGACAGUAAAGAACUUGACAAGAAGAAAAAGAAGAAAGUUAAACAAGAACAGAAGGACGAAUCAGACGUAGACCUAGAAGAACAAGUUAGUAAGAAAACCAAAAAGAGAAAAACAAAAGAAGAAACUACAGAAGGUUCGGAGACUGACGACAAAAAUGAAGUUGAAAAAAAGAAAAAGAAGAAGAAGAAAAUAGAAGCUGAACAGAAGAACGAGUCAGACUCAGACGUAGCAGAACAAGUUAGUAAGAAAGACAAAAAGAAAAAAAAUAAGAAAACAGAGGAAUCAAACGAUGAAGUGGAACAUAAAAAGAAAGACAAGAAGAAAAAAGUAGAAGUAUCAGAAGAAAGUGACGCCAUAGAAACAGAUUUAAACGAAGAAGUUGAGAUACUAACACCACAAGACCAGGCUCUGGUAGACCUGAGCACUUGUACCACGGGGAAGCAAUACAAGCGGCGCGUCGUAGCUCUACUGAAGGCAGUGAACAACAGGAGGAAACGCGUCGACAGGAUAGAGAGGAAGAUUGCGAGGAUAGAGGAGAGAGGCCUCACUCCGGACACUAAGCUGUACCACACUGCGAUGCAGAACGACAGGACCAUCGUGAAGGAGAGGCUGGCGCAGCUGCUGGACGCUUUGGGCAAAGCACAGGCCAAGCUCAAGGACCUCGGAGUGGAGUUCAACAAAGACUAUAAGAAGGAGAAACGGGCAGCAGAAGAAGAUAAAGAAGAGAAUAACGUUCUAGAAGUUAAAGUGGUGGAGAGCUUGGAACCAGCGCUUGAAGCUCCUAGCGCUCAGGACUUCUGGACCGCUCCAGUCGAGGAGCCGAAGCCAGUAGAGGAUGAGGAAGACAGCAGCAGUGAAGACGAGGAUAAAGAGCAGCCUAAGAAGAAACGCAAGAAGUUGACAGUAGCGGAGAAGUUGGCAAAGUUGCGCGAAGAAGAAGAGAAAGUGAGAGAGAUGGAGAAGAGAGCGACGGAGAGUGAGAAUCAGCCGCGGUCCAGCGAGCAGUUCGAGCGCGCCCUGCUCGCGCACCCCAACUCCAGCCAGCUCUGGAUCGCGUACAUGGCAUUCCACCUUCAGGCCACCGACGUCGAGAAAGCGCGUAACGUCGGGCGGAAAGCGCUGUCCACGAUAUCUUUCCGCGAUGUAAUUGACAAGUUCAACGUGUAUGUCGCCAUGCUGAGCAUCGAGUGCAGGUUCGGUACUAAGGAGUCCCUACAGAAGGUAUUGGAGGAAGCUCUGCAAAUGAAUGAACCGCUGAAGAUCCACUCGAAGCUGCUGGAUAUUUACGUGGAGACAGGCAAGCACCAGGACCUGGUGGCGCUGGUGGAGCUGAUGAUGAGGAAGUACAAGCGUGAACCCAGCAUGUACAUACAGUGCGGGGCUGCCUGCUUCCAACUUGGACUGGUGGAAAAGGCGCGCCAGGUGAUGCAAAAAGCUAUUUCUCUGCUCGAGAAGAAAGAACACGUGGCAGUGCUGGUGCAGUUUGCGUUGAUGGAGAACCGCAACGGUGGCCGGGAGCGAGCUGAAGCGCUGUUCGAGCAGGUGCUGGCUGUGUAUCCCGCCCGCGUCGACGUCUGCAGCACAUACGUCGAUAUGCUGCUCAAAAAUGGCGACAAGGACCAUAUCAGGCAAGUAAUGGAACGCAUGACAUCGCAAAAGUUGCCAGCGAGGAAAAUGAAGAUUUUGUUCAAGAAAUGGAUCGAGGUUGAGGAGAGGAUGGGAGAUCACGAGCAAGUCGAGGUUGUACGGCAGCGAGCCGCUCAGUACAUGGAGAAAGCCAAGUUCUAAUCAUGUGAUCAUUAAUGUAAUUAAUAAAAUAUCUCAAAUCAUG